AUGAGCCCCGAAAUUGUUGAAUCAUCAAUUUGUAAGCUUCUUAUCCUUAUAUUCUUGAUUUGCCCAGGACUUGUUCUUUCAGAAUUUGUUGAUGGUGAGAGAACCUCUCUGAUGAUGCUGAAAGAGCAUCUUGAUCCCAAUCACACGACAAUCCUGCACAGCAAUUGGACAAAGGCCCAUUGCUAUAAUAAUAUCAGUCACUGGAUUGGUGUAACAUGCAUUAAUGGGCGUGCUACCCAAUUAUCCUUAGAUAGCAUGGGGUUUUAUGGAAGCAUUGGACGUGAUGCUUUUGUAAAUGUAACAGAGUUGAGAGUGCUCAGUUUGAAGAAUAAUAGCUUGAAAGGAAGUCUUCCAGAUUUUUCACAUGUUUAUUUCAUUAAGCAAAUUGAUUUCUCAUAUAAUAAGCUGACAGGGCAAAUCCCAUGGAGGCUGGUGUAUCUGCUUUUCUUGAAGGAAUUGUAUCUGCAGAACAAUGAGCUGACAGGUUCAAUCCCUCCUUUCAAUCACGCUUGUCUGAAGGCCUUCAAUGUUUCAUACAAUCAUUUGACAGGUUCCAUUCCAAAUACCGCUGUAUUGAAUUCAUUUGAUAAGUCUGCUUACUUGGGCAAUGAUUUAAUGUGUAGCAAAACAUUUUCUUAUAAUUGCUCAUCCUUAUCAGCUCCUCCACCUUCACCUUCACCUUCACCUUCACCAAGUACUCACAAGCCGCCAGCUCAUUCAACGCCAUCAACCCUUAUAUUACCUUCACCAGUACCUGAUUCAAAGCUUUAUUCCACGAUUCACAAUAAAAGUGGUUUAUCUAAAGACAUUAUCAUUCUCAUUAGUAUUGCAAGCGCUGCAAUUGUAUUGAUCAAUCUACUUCCUCAAAAGGAAAUUAUUCCAAAUUGGGUGCUCUGUAAUUCAGAAUUGCUCCGGCAGCAUUGUGUUGUUCUGUACAGAAAUUUGAUACAGCAAAAAAGAGGCUGCUGUCUUCGACGAAGAGGAUUUGCUGUUUCAGAUUUUAAUGGCGAUGAGAGAUAUUCUCUGACUAUCCUGAGAGAUCAACUUGAUCCCCUAAACAAGACAAUCCUGCAUAGCAAUUGGACAAGUGCCCAUUGCUAUGAAAAUGUGAGCCACUGGAUAGGUAUAAAAUGCAUGAAUGGGCGUGCUGUCCAAUUAUUCUUAGAGGGCAUGUGGCUUUAUGGAAGCAUUCCAUGGGAUGUUUUUGCAAACGUAACAGAAUUGAGAGUGCUCAGUUUUAAGAACAAUAACUUGACCGGAAGUCUUCCAGAUUUUUCAAAUUUUCAUUUGAUCAAGCAAAUUGACUUCUCAUAUAAUAAACUCAAUGGGAGCAUCCCAUUGAGUCUGGUGAAUUCGAGUCUGUUGGAGGAAUUGUAUCUGCAGAACAAUGAGCUGACAGGUUCAAUCCCUGCUUUCAAUCAGCCUAGUCUGAAGGCCUUCAAUGUCUCAAACAAUCAUUUGACAGGCUCCAUUCCAAAUACCACUGUGUUGAAUUCAUUUGACGAAUCUUCUUACUUGGGCAACGAUUUACUGUGUGGCACAAAAUUAUCUCACAAUUGCUCAUUCUUAUUUUUCCCUCCUUCUCCUUCACCAAGUACUACAUGA